GCCAGAAGAGUGGCCCCAGUUUAACAAGGCUAUAUAGCCCCCAGACGCGAGUCGUCAUUUGCUAUACCCCAUACUUUCGCCUUACGGCUAACUUGCUAUUACCAAUUACUUUGAGCAUGCUGCUCCUAAUGGUCCGCUUAAUCCCUUUAUAACGGCCAGGCUAGAACCAUAUCAUGCAGCACACAACGUGUAUUAUUAUUAAUAUGGUUUUGAUUCUCUGGUCUUUGUAUACCGAUUUCUUCCUGUUUAUUAUUUUUUUUUUCCCUUACUCUAUUUUAUUAAUCACGGACGUUCUAUUCGAUUCCCUGACUUUGGCGCAAAUCGGAUACUACGGUCAUUGCUCAUGUUUAUUUGGCGCUGUCUAUUUUUUUUUUUUUCUGUCGCUUUCUUUCUUAUCUUCUAUCUUACUCGGGGGUCUGAUCUUUCUAUACAUUUUUAUGUGGUUUCUUUCUAUUCAUGCAAUAGACACGGCUACGGAAGCUAGGAGUCUCGUGCAAGGAGUGGACAAUAUACGGCAGAUCUAUGGCUAUUCCAUGGGUUUAUAUCGCAUAAAUAUACUGCCGAUUAAUGAUUUAUUCAGAAACAUACGUAUAUUUUGUAAACCUUGGUUUUUGUGAAAGAGUAAUGGAAGUAGUACGUACGUACGUAGCGCCCUGGGCACCCCAGACUAUAAUCAUGGUAAAGAGAGAAACUAUGAAUCGAUUUCACAUAGGACCGCGAAAGCUUCGUGGGAAAAAAAAAAAAAAAAAAAAAAAAAAAA